AUGGCUACUGCCCGUCAACUUCCCGUUCAUAUGUCCCUUCUACGUCUACAAGAUAAACACGUCGUCAAUUCUAUUUGGGAAGGCAAUGAACGAGUCAUUUGCCCUCGAAGACAUGCAAUUUGGUUAGCAAAGCAUGUCCACGAAAUUGAUGAAAGAAUAAAGAAUAUUUUACAUGGAGCAGGUUUUAUCCAUAUUUUGCAAGCUUCAAGUCUGGAGAUAAAUCACUACCUUGUUACUGCUUUGGUUGAAAGGUGGAGAGUGGAGACUCAUACUUUCCACUUCCCUCAUGGUGAAAGUACGAUUACAUUGGAAGACGUUGCAUUACAACUGGGGCUUACUAUUGAAGGACAGGUGGUGACUGGCAUCAGUAGUGGUCCCCUAACAGUAUUUUGUCAUCAACUACUAGGAGAUGUUCCACCUGAGAAUUGUGUAAGGGGAAACAGAAUCAAGUUGUCAUGGUUGAAUAACACUUUCCGCCAAUUGCCUCAUCAUGCAACGGAACAGGUUAUUGAACAAUACGCUAGAGCGUAUAUGUUGAUAAUAAUUGGCAGUGUGAUGAUGCCAGAUACAUCUGCAAGCAUGGUGCAUUUGAUGUAUCUCCCCCUAUUGGCCGACCUGCAGAACGUUUCACAGUAUAGUUGGGGAUCAGCCACGCUCUCCUGCUUGUAUCGUGCCCUUGAUCACGGGACUAGGGUUGACCAAGACAAUAUCAGAGGGUGCAUGAUCUUGUUACAGUGCUGGGCAUGGGAAAGAAUAACAUGUCUUUCACCAGAAUUACUUGAAGUCACAGAACACGAGAUUUCUUCUGGUGCAGUUUUUCCACUUGCGAAAAGAUGA